AGUACAAAUGUCACAGUUCUUUCAUUUAUUUUAUAAUUUUUUUAUUAUCAUUUCAUUCUUAUCAAAUUCAUUACACUUCGCUACGAAUUUCCACUAUGAUACAAGUGAAUAUGUAAAUUCUCCUAAGUAAUUAAAUAACAAUAGUUCGACAUACUUUCCCUAACUUUGAAUUCCUAAUAAAGUAACGAAAAUGUCUAGAAUUUACAAAGGAGUUAUAUCAGUUGCAGAUAAAUUUGUCCCAACAAAACUACGUCCAUUAUGGGAACACGACGCAGGUCCAAAAACUGUAUUCUUCUGGGCUCCUGCAUUCAAAUGGGGUUUGGUGAUAGCUGGGUUAGGUGACGUGUUACGGCCUGUCGAGACCCUAUCGGUACCCCAAUCCGCGUCCCUAGCUGCCACUGGAAUCGUCUGGUCCCGAUACUCCCUCGUUAUCAUCCCCAAAAACUACAGCUUGUUUGCUGUCAACGUAUUUGUCGCCAUUAUAAACACGUAUCAAUUAGGCCGGGCGUUAAAAUACCAACAUGAGAAAGAGAAGAAGUGAUAGAAAUACGGGUAUUUUUGGGUUAAUGGCCCAGAUUAUAAUUAGUACAAUUUUUUUUUGUUAAAUAUUAAGUAAGCUAAUAAUAUUUAGUGGGAGGGUUUUUUUUUAUAUAGAAUUAUUUAUUUUAGAUAAAAAUAUAUAUUUAUAUAACUGACUCUUAGGUGGUAAAUUAUAUGUUGACUUAGAUAUCAAAUGAUUGUGAUCGUUAUAUUUUUAUAUACUCAUAUAACAUAUUAAUACUAUAUAUAAUAUUAUAGUAUACAUAUAACUUGCACUGUGUAAAAUUUUGUCAAAAGUUGCUUAUGUUAUUACAAAUAAUCUGUUAACAAAAAAUAACAUUAAGGUCCAUGUUUAUACAUGGUGCAUGUUGAACAAACUCAUGGUAUCACUCUCAAUUAGAAAAUUUGCCCACAUCUCUUUCACUUUCUAUAUUUAAAUGCAAAUAAUUUUAUGAUAAUAUUUAUUCGCCAAUUAUAAACAUUUUUGAUAUAUUUUUCCAAUCAAUAGAUCCAUCCUUUGUCACGAUUUUUUUAUUAGAAUAAUGGAUUAAGAAAUCCGACACGUUCAUCAUGAUUAUUACAAUUGCAACACUCAGGGAUUGGUGAUAGCUGGGUUAGGUGAUAUGAACAGACCUGUCGAGAGCCUAUCCGUACCCCAGUCCGUAUCCCUCGCAGCCACUUGUCUAAUAUAAAUAUUUUCUUGUUGUCAUCCCAAAAAAGUACAGUUUAUUCACUGUAAACGUAUUUGUCGUUAUAAUAAACUUGCACUAAUUGGGUCGGGCCGUAAAAUACCAACAAGAAUUUAGGGAUAAAGGGAACAAGUGAUGGUAAAAUAGACGGGUAUUUUAGGGUUGUGAAUGUUGUGAUAAUACGCGCCAAUAAAAGAAAAAUAAAAAAUUCUGGUAUUCUACAUUUUUAUUAUUUAUUUAACUUAUUAAUUAUUUACAUAAAAUACUAGCAAGAAAUUAAAUAUAAGAAGAAAAUGUGGCGGUAAUGUUAAAUACGGGUCCUUGCAGGUUGUGAUAGUACGCGCCUUAAAUAAAUUAAAAAGAUCUGGGAUUCUACCAUGAAAUGAAAAUCUGAAUUCACGCACUCAAUUUCGUGUUUUCGUUCAUUCUAAAAUCGACCCAAAAAAAUGGAGCUUAACGUUUCGUUCGUCUUAAAUUCUACCAUAAAAUUCCAAAGGAACUAUAUUUUAACAUUUCUAAUAUUUUUAAACGGUAUUUAUUCUGUAAUAUUAACAUCAAAUUUGUGUUUCGUUCGGCCCCGAAAUUUCGGAAAACAUUUCAUGGUAGGCGCUCUGGUUUUAUUUUAAUAAGGUUAUUUAAUGCCUUUGAUUAUAGAGAGAAUAACGUGCAAAUAGCGUGCAAUAAGCACGCGAACCAUUCUCAGUAGAUUUGUUAUUUUAUUAUUUAUUUUGGUGCAUGUUAAACAAACUCAUGUAAUAUUAAACAAUAACGGUCUUACACAAUGCAUGUUGAACAAACUUUGAUAUAGACGGAGACUAUAAACAGCCAUUUGCUUUCUAUCCAGUGUUCCUGGCUCAUGUUCUUAACUUUCUUCACCUUCAUACAUCUCUUCAUACAAGCUCACAUUGAUGUCACACAUCUGGGGUGUUCAUAAAAGAUGGCUUCUGCAUAACUAGCUUUAAUUAUACUCUCUUUAGAAUAAUCUAAUUUGGUUUCUAUCUAUAUAAGAAGUAACAUUUAAAAAUAAAACAUUUUGUCUCUGAUCGUAUUUAUGGUAAUAAACUAAUAAACUCACAAAUUUACCUCGAUAUAACGUGACUUCUCAGUUUUGACUUUUUUUUUUUAUUUACUGAUAAAUGGUUCAUUUUUAAUGGUAAUACUAAAAAAAAAAUAUAAAAGUCCCUUCAUGACAAGCGAGCAAAUAUUAACAGCUGCAUAACUAGAUAAAUAAGUAUAGUUGAUAAUACACAACGAGUUGUAAUAUUAGUUGAUUGGGUGCUAAAUUGUUAACGACUGUAGGUAUAUCUGAUGUAUAAUAUGUACAUGGAAUGAUGACCUAACCAUAAAAAUAACUAUUUAAAAGAAUACGAGUUUAAAGAACUAUAAAACAAUACUUGAACAAUAAUUUAAUAUAAAUUAUUAAAUGUAUUUUUCUACUUACUAUUUAGACUUAUUAGUAACAAAAUGUUUUCUUACGUUCAUCACAAAAGUUAAGUAAAAAUUUAGCUUAUUCAAAAAUAUUGACGCAAAAUUUUAUUUAGAUAAUUCACAAAUUUUAAAACAAUAAUUGUUACACUGAUUUUUAAGUAUAUUUACAAGGCUAAUUUGGUUGACAGUGGUCGAAAUUCGACCAUAACGUAUGUUGUAAUAAAUGAAUUUAUUAUAGUUAUGUUUGACAUUCAGUAAGACUAUAGACAAGUAAUAUUAACAGACAAACGAUAUUAAUCUAUUCUCAAUUUGACCAUAGACUUUAACGAUUAAACAAAAGAAUAUAUAUGCAUGUGUGUGUCAAAUACAUGAUAGUGUGUGUAAUUUUUUUUUUAUUUAUUAAUGUAUUUUUUAUGCAUAAUUAAAACAAAAUAUAAUCAUUCCUCACUCUUUCUCUAUAUAAACAAUAAAUGUGCCAAAUUUCAUACUCCUCCGUCCGCGCAAUUUUCGUAAAAAGGACUACAAAGUUUUUGCUUUACGUAUUAAUAUAUAAAUAUAAUACAAUACGAGUGUAAACUUAUUUUCAAUUCAUAUUCUUUUUUAUUCUACUGUAAAUAUAUACGUAACUGCGUAAUAACGAACUAAGAGUGAUAAUGAGUUUGUUACCGAUCACCAUGAGUUACGUUAAUGCCUAAUCUAAUUAAGAUAAUUCGGUGCUGUAAAACAAUUUAAAACUACAUUUCUCACAAGUUGUAUACGUUCCACAUUUGUGAUAGUUGUACAUAUGUAACUCUAUUAGUCAGUUGAGAUAUUUAUUUAAACUUGAACGCACAGUAAAAUUCUAUGUACAUUUUGCGGAAUUAACACCGGACAGUGUUACCAGUCAACCAUUGGACAAUCCGAGAAAUAAGUAUAAUAUAUAUUAUAUUACAGUAAAUCGUGUACGUAACAUAUUUUUAUUUAUAGUUACAUAAUGCAUAGUAAAUACAUCAACUGACUAAAGGCUUUCUUAGUAUAUACAAAACCAAUAUAAAAAUAAAAUUCAAGUGCUGAAAUAAACUUACUCGAUUAUAUUAAAAAAGUAUUUCAUUAUUAGAUACUUAUAAAUUAUUUUUGGGCUUAGUAUAUGCUAAGAAUAACGUUAUACAUAAAUAGGUAAAUAAGUAAAUUACAUUGCAUUCCGCGGGUAGUUGUGUGAUAAUUGUUACUAUUUGUUAGUGCCAAUUUUUGUCGUUAUUCGUAAGUACCAUCGAUGGUUACUAAAAGACACAUCUCCAUUAAAUAUAUGUAUAACUAACGAUACUUAUAUAAAUGUUCCAUUACUUUUUAAUUCUCUAUAAUUUAUUGUGAUAUAAAUUAAAGCUAUCUAAGUAGGUAUAUGUAUAUGGUUUGAGAACUAUAUACAUAUGUACGUACAAAUUCAUGGUAUCCAACUUAUGUACACAAAUUACAUUAAAUAAUUGUUUUGUAAGUGUAUUAUUUAUUUUUGUGAAGCCGUUUUACUUGUGAAUAUAUACUUGUUAUUUAUCA